AGGGGCGGGGCCUGGGUGGGCGGCGCAUGCGCGGAGCCAUCGAAGGUGCCAGAAGGAUCCGGGCGGCGGAGCCGGUGCCACCCCCGGCUGUCCCCUCGCUGUCCCCUCGCUGUCCCCUCACCGUGGAGUCCCUGCGCGCCCUCUCCCAGCUCCACUCCCCACUCUGGGGAGGCGGCGGUGACACCAAUCGCGACAUCGCCCCGCCCAUGUCGCGACAUCCCCGCGACGAGGAGGAGGAGUGCCUGGACUAUUAUGGGAUGGUGUCGCUGCACCGCCUGUUCGAGGUGGUGGCGGCGCAGCUGAGCCACAGCGAGGUGGCGCUGUUGUCCCUGCUGCUCGAUCAGCGCCUAUCGCGACACGAGGACGGCGACAGCGAUGUCCCCAAGGAGGGGCGGCGCUGUCACCGCGCGGGGACAGGGCUGGAGCUGCUGCUGGAGCUGGAGAGGAGGGGGCUGUGCCACGAGGGGGACCUGGGCACGCUGCGGGCGCUGCUGCGGGCGGCGGCGAGGCACGACCUGCUCAGGUGUGUGACACUGCGGAGAGCCAGGCCAGUGUCCCCCGAGCGUCCCCCCUGUGUCCCCGCCCUGGGGGUCACCUGUCCGAGCCACGCCCGGCCCCGCCCCGAGCACUGGGACACAGGUUCCAGUCCGGCCAAGCGGAAACGCGGCGCCCGAAAUUCCCAAAAUCCCCAAAAUUCCCAAAAUUCCCAAAAUCCCCAAAAUUCCCGAAGCAAUUCCCGGAAUUCCAGAAAAAAUUCCCGAAAUUCCCGAAGUUCCCGAAGUUCCAGAAGUUCCCGAAGUUUCCGGAAUUCCCAAAAUUCCCGAAAUUCCUCCCGGAAUUCUCCUCGGAAUCCCCCCCAGGACCCCCCCGAGCCCCCGGCCAAGGUGACCUGCGACAUCCGCCUGCGCGUCAGAGCCGAGUGCUGCGAGCACGAGCGCUGUGCUUGUACUGGGUUAUACUGGUCCAUACUGGUCCAUACUAACCUAUACUCGUUUAUACUGGUGUAUACUGGUUUAUACUGGUUUAUACUGGUCCAUACUGACAUCCGUCUCCGCGUCAGAGCCGAGCACUGCGAGCACGAGUGCCAUACUCAUACUGACAUCCGCCUGCGCGUCAGAGCCGAUGGGCCAUACUGGUUUAUACUGGUCUAUACUGGUUUAUACUGGUUUCUAACUGAUAUUUUUUUGUUUCUAGACAUCCGUCUCCGUGUCAGAGCCGAGUACUGCGAGCACGACCGCGCCCUUCGCCGCUCGGUGGCCUCGAGCCGCCCGCGGGGCCCCGGCCGCGCUCUGGACGUGUUCGGCCAGGCCAGCGGCGUCCUGAAAUCCCGUGACCUCGGCUCCAUCCUGUGUGACAUCAAAUUCUCGGAGCUGUCGUACCUGGAGGCGUUCUGGGGCGAUUACCUGAGCGGGGCCCUGCUGGAGGCGCUCAAGGGAGUGUUCCUGACCGAGGGGCUGCGGCGCGCCGUGGGCCGCGAGGACGUGCGGCUGCUGGUCAGCGUGGACCAGGACGACUACGAGAGGGGCAGGAGGAGGCUGCUGGAGGCCAUGCAGGGGAGGGGGGGGUGAGAGGAGUUAUGAUCUGGGGUGG